AUGACGUAUUGGCGACUUGGCGUGCCCAAAAACAGAAGCCCAAUCCUCUACGAUCAGCCGACUUCUGAACGCAAAAAGAACGCGGAGAGAAACCAACACUGGGAAAAGCGACACUGCGAGACAUACGGAGACGACGACGACGACGACAACGACCACGACCACCAGCAGCCACCGGAUUUUCACAAAUUCUCCUUCAAUGGAAUUUUACUAAUCAAAGAAUAA